GGCAGGUAACCUCAAAGUUAGCUCGGUGUCUUUAUGGUUGUCUUUCUGCCGUUCUGUCUUAAUUCAUGUACAUGAAGAAGAGGGGUGUUUGUGUGUAGUGGACUGGUGGCCUUUAACGUUGCAGUUGGGGCUUGCACAGGGACUCUUCCACUUGCCGCCAUCACUCAGACAAGCUGGGAAAGGAUGUACUGCCUGCUGGAUCUCUUGAACAUUCCCAACUAGAAACCAUGGCUGGAUUUUACGGCUGCUUGCAGGGAAAGAAUUAAGACAUGAAACAGAGGACGUCAUCGCUGUUGGUCAGUAUUGGAGUCAGUCCAAGCAGUGACUGCAGUAUCAUGGCCUCUGGACCAUCAGAUGUGUUGACCAACCAGGAUCCAGCAGACACCACUGAAGAGUGCACAGGCAAGAAGAAGUCCAAGUUCCAGACCUUCAAGAACUUAUUUUCUAAGAAGAAGAGAAAGGAGGCCGCUGCUCCUGCCGGGGGGGACAGUGGGUUGAAGUGUAGCCAGUCUAGUGACAAUGUCAGCGCCCCCGAACCUGCACUUCUCAUCCGCUCUGAGAAAGACGAGGGCUCUGGGUCAAAAAUAAAUAUGGGUAAUAAGGCUCUGUCACAUGACAGUGUCUUUGUCUCUGAGUCUCCCCUGUCAGAGGUGACUGAGGGUCUGGGAGUCUCUCAGGACAGCAUCCAUGGGAAAGUCAAGUCUCUACAGGUCAUCAGGCUAGGCUCUCCUCCGUCUCUGUGUGUGAAGAAGAUGGAUGAUGCAGGAACUCUUUCAGAAGAUGACGGCCUGCCCUGCAGCCCACCAGAGUACUCCACCCUGCACACUGUCCUGGCUGGGGUGUCCCACAGGUCUUCCAAACCGGUGCAGAGGAACAGCUCCCUGAGUCUGGAAGGGACCGACAGUGAUGAAGACCAGAUGUCCUGUGAGAUGGGCUCCAGAUCGGUCAGUCCCCUGGUCUUCCUGCCUGUAGACUUCAGCCAGCCUGCCAGUCCCAUGGGCUGUCUGGACAACACUGCCGCUCGCCACCGCCUGGCUGUCCGACACAAGGCCUGUGCCAAGACGAGGAAACCCACCACUAGGGUUGAUGGCAGGGCUGAGGGAGAAUCAUUCCAGGAGGAAAGACAGAAUUCUAUCCUUCCAGAAUCUGUGGAGGAGGAUGACGAGGAAGAUGUGAAACGCGAGCAGGCUGGUGUUGCGGAGGAGGAGCAGACAGAUGGGGUCGUGGUGUCCCAUCAGGCCAAUCAGGCCAAGCGGUCAGCCUCAGAUGAAGAGGAUAAGCAGGGUGUCCAACAGGAAUUGUCUCAUGCUCAGGAUGCCCCCUCCCUCUCCAUACAGAAUGACUCUGACUCUGAGGAAUGUCUUUCAUGCCAGGCUGAGGUUUCAGCUCCCCGGCUCCAGACUGCCCCACUGCUUGGCACCAUGAAGUCUCUGGAGCCCCCUACUGGAGAUGACUUCCUCCUGACCCCUCCUGGGUGUGAGGUGGCUGUGGAGGGAGGCUCUCUACUCCAGGAGGUGUUGAUCUCCCUCAAGGGUCCACUGACAUCUGUCCUGGGGCUGGAGACAGAGGCUGUGCUCCUGGAGGUGGAGGUGAACAUGGAGGGGUCAGAGGCUGAGAGCGGGGUGGAUGAGCUGGCAUUGAACCCACAGGAAGAAGCGUGUCUCCCCAGUGAUAGACCGGACUACCCAGCAGAGCCCCGAGAGGAGGUGGAAGAUGAGCCUUAUGAAUCUGAGGAGGAGUUAGUGGUGGAACGUUUCAAUCCAAAGGAGGAAGAGGAAGAUGCCGAGGAAAUCAACCCUGAGUACUUAACUAAAGAAGAUCAGGACAUGCCUUCAGUGGAAAAGGAGGAAGAAGAAGAGAAUGAAGAGGAGGGGGCAGAGGUAGAGGAGAAGGAAACAGAGGAGGUUGUGGAAGAUGAGAGGAGGGAAGAGGAGGACAAAAUGGAGCCAGACUUGGAUGUGCCAGUGCAGACAGCCUUAUUGGAGCCAGGAGAGGAAGAGGAUGUAAUGUCAACCUCUGUGGAGGAUGAUUUCCAGCAGGUUCCAGACAGAGACCCUGAGAGAGCUUGUGAGAGCCCUGAGUGCACCAAUGAACUGUCUGACCAAACAGUCACAGACCAAGCCUGUCUCCCCCAGCUGCCAAACAGCAGUACACCUCCUCCAGAGUCCCUGGACCAGCCUGAGGCCCCUGCACACACCACACAGGACCAGGAAGAGCCCAGUGUAACAACUGACCAGCCCUGUAUAACCAGUCCCAGUGCAGCCGCCGGCCCAGAGCAGAGCCCCCAGGAGCACUGCAGGGGACCAACUGCCACCGAGGAUCCUGGGAAACCAUCUGGUGGUUCUGAACAUAAUAGACCCAGGUACACCAUUGCCCCUGCCUGGCAAAGGUUGGCUACCAAAGAGCUAACCUCCCCUCCUCCAUCUCCCUCGGUCACUGUGCCUGGGGCUGUGGAAACAAAAAGAGACCCCCCAAGUGGAGUAGAGCCACUUAGCCCUGUGGGGGCUGAUGUCCCUGCUAUUCCCAUCCCAACACAGAGCACCACAGCACCCAUCAUGUCACCUGAAGACACUCCCCCUGCAGCCCAGGAGGAAGAGACCCCUGAGAAUCUGUUUGGUGUCAGGCUGAGGAAGACCUCUGUGGGUAUGCUUCGCUUAGGCUCAGAGACUGAAACUCCCCCUGCAUCCCCAGUACACUCACUUCCCAUAGAGCCACAGAGGGCCUCGUUCACUGAACCACAGUCAAACAGCAAACCUGCCCUGCCCAGAAAGCCCUCAGAGCUGGAUGGUAUGGUCAAGCCAAAGAGAAUACCAGAUCUGUCUGUGGGUCGAGAGCCUAGUGGGGGAUCUCAAUCGUCAAGCUGGAUCUCAGUGGCCAGACAAAAGCAGAGGAUCUUAAAAGAGAACUCAUUGGAGGAAACCACGGAUAACAAACACCCUGCAGAGAUGGAGGAGUUUUACAGAAAAAAAUCCAUUCGUACAUUGACAAGGCCUGUCAGCAAAGACCAAGCCAAGCCUCCAGGAUCUCCUGUUAAAGUGUUGUGUUCCCUGGAGAUCUCCAAGCCUGUCGUGGUUGAGAAGGAAGGGAAGAGAGCCCUGGCUCACCCAGCCCCUACAGCCCUGGCUCAGGACGAGCCCCCGUGGUUGGCCCUGGCUAAGAAGAAGGCCAAAGCCUGGAGCGAGAUGCCCCAGAUAGUGCAGUGAAGAUGGGCCAAACCAUCCGUCCGCUGAUGGAUCAGAAUGCAUUUGCACACCCAGAGUAUAAUUUUGUUUUCUACUUCUUCUGCUGUUCUAAUACCUUCAAGCUUCUGAUUGGUCAGACACUGAAACCCUCAAAUCACACGCUGCAGUGAAAGGAGUGAGUUGGGAAUUGGGCCAAAUGAGUAAAGGUUUUGAAUUAUUGAUUGAUACGGCAUACAAUUGGAUUCAGUUGACAUGAUAUGUCUUUAAGUAAGACAUACCCAUGACUAAAUGAGUUAUUUGUUUUAAUUUGUUAACUGACAAUGUCGGUCUGUAUGAGGUGAGGUUCGGGUGUGUCAAAACCUUAAACCUAGCCUUGAUCUUUGAUUUGGGGAUGAAUAAGCAUGGAUGGAAAGAAAGAGAUGAAGGUUUCUUCUUUUUAUUUAUUAAAUCUCAUGUUCGAUGUAUUUUUUUAUUUUUUGUAUUACCUUUAACGUGUGUACAUGACUUGUACAUAAAAUGUUCGGUAAUGAACAAAUGCUGUUUCUCUUUGUCAUCUGAACUCAAGAACAGUAUAAUACAAGGAAGUUACAUCUGACAGUUGCUCCUCUUUGUACCUACUGACAAUCGAACUGACAAAUAUAGUUUAUCACAGAUCUUUUUUUUUACUGUUUAGCUGAUGCCCCACUUCACAUUUGAACCCCCCCCUCCUCCCCCAAAAUGGACAACGAUUUAUUUUAAACUAUUAUUUUUGACGAAUCGAAAGAUUCACUUCGUUUUUGUGUGGUAGUUUGGAUUCGGUUAAAUCAUGGGUAGUGAUUCCUAACAGUAACCCUAGUAGUAUUAUUAUUUCUUUACACGGGAUUCAAAUGUAUUUAUUUGCUCACUCGCCUCACUGUUCUAAAAAUGAACUAAUUUUAUAAUGUAUAACAGUGGAACAACCUUACUGUAGUGACCCUGUGUUUUAUAAGCGCGGAUGAGAACUCUGCCACUAUAAUUAUUUUGUGGCACAGUGAAUAUCCCACUUCUGACACCACGCCAGGGUAAUGAAACAGGCAUGGGAGAGUGAGCUUGUUCCCUCAGCCUUUUGGCUCAAUUAACGAAUUUGUGAAUAUACAGUGGGGUCCGAAAUGAUUGAAUUCAUUGAUAAAGAGCAAAAAAUACUAUUAAAAAAAUAAUACACAAUAUAGCUCAGUAUUUAUGAAAAUAAAGUGAAAUGACAUUAUUCUUUACUAAUACAAUUGGAAAAGUUUUAUGAUUUUGGAGAAGACGUUGGGAGGGAUCUUAGACCAGUCCUCCAUACAGAAUCUUUCCAGAUCCUUGAUAUCUGUCUGUGCUUAUGGCCUGCCCUCUUCAAUUCAAACCACAGGUUUUCAUUGAGGUUCAGGUCCGGAGACCUUUAAAAUGCUGCUGCUCUCCCAGAUCGAUCUCUUCAGUGUCCUUGUGGGACCAAGAAAGGAUGUUUGCAUAGAGUGGACACUUUGCAUCGGCAGCACACACUUCAGUGGACACUUUGCAUCGGCAGCACACACUUCAAUGGACACUUUGCAUCGGCAGCACACACUUCAGUGGACACUUUGCAUCGGCAGCACACACUUCAAUGGACACUUUGCAUCGGCAGCACACACUUCAGUGGACACUUUGCAUCGGCAGCACACACUUCAAUGGACACUUUGCAUCGGCAGCACACACUUCAGUGGACACUUUGCAUUGGCAGCACACACUUCAGUGGACACUUUGCAUCGGCAGCACACACUUCAAUGGACACUUUGCAUCGGCAGCACACACUUCAGUGGACACUUUGCAUUGGCAGCACACACUUCAGUGGACACUUUGCAUCGGGAGCACACACUUCAGUGGACACUGCAUUGGCAGCACACACUUCAAUGGACACUUUGCAUCGGCAGCACAUGCUUCAGUGGACACUUUGCAUCGGCAGCACACACUUCAAUGGACACUUUGCAUCGGCAGCACACACUUCUGUGGACACUUUGCAUCGGCAGCACACACUUCAGUGGACACUUUGCAUCGGCAGCACACACUUCAGUGGACACUUUGCAUCGGCAGCACAUGCUUCAGUGCUCUGGGAGUAUUUAUAGCCCUGUGAGUUUGACACUUCAUUAUCGAGAGCUGUCCUUCAUGACCCACAACAACCAUUACUUUUACCACCUUCAUCUAGAUAUUUUCAACUUUCUAGGUAAAAAAAAAAAACAAUUUAUACACAAAUUAUGUGACUCCAUUACAGGGUGUCUUGAGAGUUGAUGUACCCAUGUGUUUUGUAGUCAUCAAAUCUUUGUCAAACAUUGACGUUGAGGGAGAAUCUAAUCAAUCAAAUAUUAUAAUUUUUUCAAAAACAAGGGAACAGAUCAUUGGGACUCAGAUACCAUCUAGAUUCAGUGGCAGUGGAACUUAUAGUGAUCUCAUUCUGCCCACCAGUGGAGUCCAGACUGAAGGUGCUGGGACGUACUGCAGGUGCUGAGGGAGAAUUGAAGAGACAGUGACAUGGAACACUGACUGAACACCCACCUAGGAACCCAGACAGCUCCUGAUGUGGGCCACCAGGCUGAUAAAAAUACAGAGGUUGACAGAGAGACAGAGCUGCCAGGUGAAGGAUGGAAUCUGAGCAUCAACAAAAGCCAAAUAACUGUUUCAGCUCAGAGCAUGGGAGGACUUGCUGCUAGAUCCGUAUCGGUCCAGCAGAGCAUAGAGAUUAGUGCAACUGCAACUCUUCUCUCUCCUUCCCCAUCGCAGGAUGAACACUAGCACACACAGCAGAGCUACUGCCACUCUGAGGAUGUUGUCUUGGGGUUAGCUUGCUUCUACUAUAUGUUGGUGCUCAACCUCAUCUUCAAAAGGCUGUUAAGUGAGGGUUUCAUCAUCACCGUCAUUGUUCGGCUGCAGAACUGUCACCCUGAAGCGUUCUUCAGUACCUACGGUCACUGGCAAGGUUUGCUAUUUGAUGUGGUUGCAGCCAAGGUUGCAACGCAAACAAUACAAAAAUAGUAAAGGGGGAAACCCAAUAAAACAUGCUUGAGCAUUGCAA